AUGGGAUGUAAACAGAGCAGCUUACGGAUCCCCUCGCCGGGGCUCCAGCAGGAACAAUUAGAAGUGGAGCAGAAAGCAUGUGAUCCAGCGAGCACGAGGUCCAGGAAUAGUGUAGAUCCAAACGACGUGCAUUUGUCAGAGAUAGGUGGUGUGGCAAAAAUCGACCAUCUGCAACGCCACAAGCAGUCACAAAAGUGUGAGGCUCCUUCCCGUGUGCUUCCGCUGGUGCCCCCAGACUCGUGGUAUGCACGGGAGUUCACAGAGAUGACCAGAAUGUCACCCACAGAGUUUCACAUGAAGCAACGAGGCAAAGUUGUUUUUUCAGGAGGUUGCAUUCCUGUGGGAGCCUCGGAGUUGAGAAACCUUCCCGGCCGCGCCCCAUUGAUGCCAGCAACGCUGGAGAUUGGGAAAGACCUUGUCUACGGCAUGGCGUACCUCUACAACACGCCAAUUUUUACGGAGCAUCAGUGGCGUAUGCGCGUGGCCCAUUACGCGGCGGCUGUCACCCAUGCCGGACAGGGACAGGGGCCGGCGAGGAAGCAGCGGGAAGGAGAAGAAGAACAAGACGCGGGUGAAGGGAGGCGUCAUGCGGCGUUGGACGAGUGUGAGUUGGCUCGCCUAAAGGCGAUGGCGAAGUCAAUUUACGGGCGACCGAACAUUAACACCUUAGUGGGCAUACGUGUCUUUGUUGACAACAAACUCGUCCCGGAUCACAACUCCACAUCCAGGAGCAUUCCAAACUGCACAGCCACGAUAGACACCGCUGAGGCCUUCAACAACUGGAUUUGUAUCCCCAUAGUAUUGGUAGGAUAUCUGAACAACUUUUUGUUGAGCACCAUCACGUUGUACAGGUCUCUCUCACUCAACUUUGUAGACUACAUGCUGUGCCAACCUAUCACCUUCUCUGGUACCAGCGUGAAUGAAGACAACCAUAGUGGCAGUGACAGAGAAGAAGGCUGCGGUAGCGAAGGUGUGAGUCGAGCUUUUGAAAUUUGUGUAGAAGUGGUCUACGGAUGUCCUUCCGAACUAAACUUUUGCACGGAUUACAUAUCGAAAGGUAAAGUGCAGAUUGUCAUGACAAGACAAUCCCAAGUGGCUUUGAAAUCGUACGGAGAUAAACUGCGCAAACUGAUUCUGUCUGGUCCUCUUUUGCGUGAGCAAGUGGUUCCUAUGGACCGAUUGGAAAUGGCCACGCGGCAUCAUUCGUCGCGUAAUUGUCUCUUUUGUAGAUCCCCGUUGCGGUAUACAUGCACCAUAUGCGGAGCACAGCUCUGUGGCACUGUCUUGUGUGUCUGGCGCCCCUUUGCUGGUUAUCCCAGCGGGUGUUCUGUUCAUAAGGCACAAGCAUAA